AUGGACACUCUUGUCACGAAAUACAGCAAACCUGCCUACGAGCGCACGGCUGCCCUCGAGGACGAUGCCUCGCAGGAGCUGACGGAUCCUUGGGCUAGCUUGUCUCUCAAGUUUGCCAUGCCCCCCAUUACUCAGCCCGCCCAAUGGCUCCGCGCCGCCACCGACGACAGAUCGAACCCCAACUGCCCCAUCAAGAUUGCCCACGGUACCACAACACUUGCUUUCCGUUUCCAGGGCGGCAUCAUCGUUGCCACCGAUUCGAGAGCUACUGCUGGCAACUGGAUUGCCUCGCAGACAGUCAAGAAGGUCAUUGAAAUUAACAGCGUCCUGCUCGGCACCAUGGCCGGUGGUGCUGCCGAUUGCCAGUACUGGCUUGCCUGGCUCGGCAUCCAGUGCCGCCUGCACGAGCUGCGCCAGAAGCGCCGUAUUAGCGUUGCUGCUGCCAGCAAGAUCCUCGCCAACCUCAUCUACAGCUACAAGGGCAUGGGUCUGAGCAUGGGCACCAUGUGCGCCGGUGUCACCAAGGAGGAGGGCCCUGCCCUGUACUACGUCGACAGCGACGGCACAAGAUUAUCUGGCAACCUGUUCUGUGUGGGCAGUGGUCAGACCUUUGCCUAUGGUGUUCUGGAUGCCGAGUACAAGUACGAUCUGACCGACGAGGAGGCCCUUGAGCUUGGAAGAAGAAGUAUCUUGGCCGCUACUCACCGUGAUGCCUACUCUGGUGGUUAUAUUAACCUCUACCACGUCAAGGAGGAAGGCUGGGUCAAGCAUGGCUUCAACGAUACCAACCCCAUCUUCUGGCAGACCAAGCUGGAGAAGGGCGAGUUCUCCAACGUCACGAGCGCGUUGGAGUAG